CUUAUCUGAUGUAUCUCUUAAAAUUUUAAUUUUUAAUAGUAAAUAAUCAUAGUUACUAUUAUUCCUACAUAAGUUGCAUAUUAUAAAUUCUGCUACAAGAGAAUAAUAAACGAGCUGUGAGAAACUAAUUAAUUUUCAAUAGAUAUUCAAAUGUUUUAUAAAGAGUCAUUAACGAUUAAUCUGUUAUUCACUUUUGGAUUGCAAUUCUGUAAAUUUUAAUGAAACGUUGAAGUAAAUUUACAUACAUUUGAAUACAAAUGUAAUAUAUUAUGGAGAUAAAAUAAGUGACAUCUUCGUGUUAUUCUUUCAAGUUAUAAAAUACAGUUCAUCCUACACGCGGCGGCCCAAUUCUAUAUUUGUGUUGCCGAUUGCACGUCGUAAUUGUACGUUAUCAGUCAUCACACCGAUUCUACCGGUACUGGUAUGCUCUUGUGAGCCAAGCCGACGAAAAAAGGCGUGCCAAGGCGCAGACUCGGAACGCGAUAUCAGAACACUUCGUUACGCACGGAGAUUCCGUACAAAGCCGGCUAGUUUCAGAACGACGAAUUGUUGGGAUCAGUCGAUCGAUCGAAAGCUACAGGAGUGAACGAUUGGCGAGUCGUGCCUAAAACUACGCCCAUCGGAACGAUCAGAAUCGAGGCAUCGUCUGUGUACAUAUCCCACGUAGUUUCGCGUUCAGUUGUGAGAAAGGAGCGGAUCGCAACGGCAACUCUCGUGUACGUUUAGGUCGAGUUUCGCAGUGUUCGUCGGCAUCGCGACGUCAAAUCAACUCGUCGAAGUUUGGCUGUGCGGAUCCACCACGUGCGACAUGGGUGUGUGCAAGAUAGUUAAAUGGUUCAAAACAGCUACGAGGUCAGACAGAGAUGUACAGUCUACACCAUCGCAAGAACGUCGCAAUGAAUAUUAUCGAAAUUUAUUACAACAGUUUGCUAAUCACUGUCAAACAUCUAACGGAGACAUCAACGAUCCGGAUUGGAUUGUUUAUCUGCCCAAGGAACAGAAGUCCGAGCAGUCUAAUCAAAAAGAUAAUCGAAAAUCACGGAAAUACGCACAGUUUAUAUCAGGCAUACCACAUGUACCUGCUUCUGAAAUAUUCGAGAUAGGAUGUAUAGCAGGCACAGAAAAUCGAUGUCUAGAGCUAGUUUCUGCAGAAUGGCACAAUACAAAAGUGACGUUGAAAAGACAUGUUUUAACAACAUGCCGGGAUGCAAUAAAAACGGACGUGGAAAUUCUUAGUGAAAUUCGGCAUCCUAAUAUAUUGCUGCUUAUGGCCACAACAUAUACGAAUGAACAUGGUCUUGUCUCCAUCUUUGAAUCCAUCGAUUGCUCAUUGUACAAUUAUAUGCACGAACAAGGGGAACGAAUAAAUGUACAAGGAAUCAUGCAAAUUGGCAUGAAAUUGGCGGAUGCAUUAAAAUAUUGUCAUAUGCGAGGAUAUAUCCAUACAGCGAUUAGCUCGCAUUGUGUUUAUUUUGCAUCUGACACGACUGUCAAACUUGGAGGGUGGGAAUUAGCUCGAGAAGUAGAAAAGGCUUACAUAGAACGCGAUUACGAAAGAUAUUUACGACUAGAGAGUUUCAAAUGGCAAGCACCAGCAAUAUGCUACGGAUUACAUCCCAGCAAAAAAAUCGAUGUUUAUUGCCUAAUGUUAUUACUUUGGGAAAUGUGCACAGGAAAUGUACCAUGGAAUGGAUAUGAUCUGUCAAAUGUAGAACGACAGCACACAACACGAAAACGAGAUAUUAUGAUAAAUUUACAAAAUGUCCCAUCAAUUCUUCGUAGCUUAUUAGAAGCUGGAUUACAUCCCGACGAGGCGAAAAUAACAUUGGAUAUGGACAAAAUAGGAAGAAAACUUCACAGACUACUAAUGAUAUACGAGGAAGAAGAGAAGAAUAAUACGACUAUUAAUGAAAACGGAAAUAAAAACGAUCUUUUGUAUAAUGACACAUUGCAUCAAAAGAUUUCUCCUGUGACGCCUGUACAAAAUACAGUUAGAAAACCAUUUGUCGGACAAUCAUAUUGUUCCAUGACGGAAAAAAAAUCUUCCAAUCAAAUCUCAAAGGAAUGUUUCAAAUCUAAAAAAGAACAAUGUAAUGGGGAUCUAGAUUCCAAAAAUAAUAUUGAAAAGAUAAACGCAUCUGAAAUCAAUGAUAGUAUUGUGAGUCCCAUAAUUAAAGUAAGACCUAUUUCUCCUUGCACUCGUUGUGUAGAAAUCUCAAAUAUCGUACAAGAUCUCGAUGAGGGAAAUAAUGCACGAGAAAAUAUAAAAAGAUUAAAAAAAUUGAUAGCUAGUAAAAGAGAAGAUUUCUUUUUUGGAAGUGAUUCAACAAUCCUUUCUUAUUCAAACGCAAAUCCAAAAGCUACGAGCUCAUUACUAUCACAAGGAAAAAGUCCUGACUAUGUACCAUGUAAACCAGCUAAUCAUACAACUACUAUAGAACCUAAAUAUAAUAAGUCAUCUACUGAAUAUAAUGGAACUAUUUCAAAAUCAUUAUAUAUACCAAAACGAAAGGCACCAUAUACAAGUAUGCCUCCCAGCAUUAAACAUGCGAUAAUACAACCUCAGAUUUUGCAUCGUGAUGCCAAGAGCUUUUAUGAAUCAACCUUAUGGAAAAAGGAGAAAGAAAUUUGCAUAUCACGAAUGGGAAGAAAUAGUAAUAAAAAACACAAUGAAGGUUUCUUGUUAUCUCAACAAUCAAAUAGUAGCAUUAGUUCUCUCACUGACGAUGCUAAAGUACAAUAUUCUAAACCACAUAUAAUGUAUGCUGAUGCUACAUAUACAAUUGAAAAUGUGACAGAAGGUAAUUAUACUGAAGAGAACAUCGACUCAUUAAAAGAUACGAGUAGUAACGUGUCUACGAAAACUUCAUCUAUUUCAAAUAAAUCCAUACAAAAUCUGAAGGAUGCUCUUGAUCGUGCUACGGAAAUAAUACGUUUGACAACACCUUGUAAAAUUUCUAAUACCAAAUUUGACUUGAAUAAUAUACAACAAGGUGAAACUAAAUUCGAAGAACCGUAUGGAACAAGAUGUAAUGAUAAUCAAGAGUAUAAAAUUAUCGAAACGUCCACAUCAAACAAUAAUUUUUUGGGAAUAAAUGAAGUCAAAAGCAAUGAAGUAAAAACUGAUAUCGAAAAAAGACAUGAACAAAUUUUUAAUCAAGCUUUUAUAAAUAGUCAAACGUUCAGUUCCUCGACUACAACAAAAAUAUCUACAGAGUCUGAAACGUGGAAUCAACAAUCAGAACACUUGCAAAAAAUAAAUCAAAAUAGAAUAUCUUCUACAAAUAAGAUUAUGUCAACUCCGCAAAAAAAUAAAGACGAGCGAGAUUACGUUAACGUACGUCGUACUUUAAACGGUGUUAUAAUAAAGGAUUCACCAAGAAGACGUUCUCUACCUGCAAGAUUGAAUAAUUUGACAAUGGUAUAUACUCCAAAGACUAUUUCUAAAAAAAAUGUACAAGGUAACCAAUAUAUGACCGAGGACAUAUAUAUUGAUGAUGAAUUCGGAAGUAAAUUAAACUACAAUCUGAUCCUCUUAAAUGACAAUAUUGUUUCAAGUGACGAAAGUUUACCUCAGACUACAGAAUUAUAAAUUGUGUUGAAUUCAACUUGUUAAAUUGUUCACUAUUUUGUAAAAAGAAAACAUUCUUAAAUAAUUUAUUUUUAUUUAUUCUGAUGGUAAAAUUGAUGCUUUUACUUUAC